GCAGUUUAAAGGAGAACAAUGUUGGCACUCCUAUGGCUCCAUCUAGAAUUCAUACUGAUGCUUCUCAACCUUUUAAUAGAUCAGCUUUAUGUGAUAUUUCAAAUUAUAACUUAUUUGCUUAAUCCUUCUGAGCAUAGUGUUAAGAGAAAGAAAAACUGUGAUGAUGCUGUUUUCCCUGUCGUUGACUCUAGCCAUGGACAGAAGUUAAGGAAGGAAAGUUUUGAUUUUUUUAGAGAUUAUGCAACGAAAUCAUUAGUCUCUUCUUCUAUAACUCCUACAAUUCAGCUGUUGUUGCAUGCCUCUACACUUAGUAUAGGACUAAUACUCACUUACCUAAGCUGUGCACGACUUGGGAACCCUCUUGAAUUCUUCAAACCCUAGCAUUCUACAACUCUCAUGAACUCUCAACUUCCUUUCCUCUUUUACCAUUUGGUGACAAAGAGGGAAAUGGCAAGAUGAACUUAGUUCUCCACUAAGUUGCAAGAUAAUCCAUUUGAAGUGUGAACAACUCUUAGUGGAAUGUAACUUUUCUCAAGUGUUCUUGGCAAUUACAUGCCAAUAGACGUGUAUACACUUCUUUUACUGUUAAAAAGUUAUCAACUUUUUUAAGUUAAGGCACUCAAGUUUAAAGAAAUUUUAAAGUUAAGU